CUGGUGGCUCUUCCACUCGCUGCCUACCAGUACAGAGACAAAACCAACGUCAAGUUUAAAACGUGACCUUUGCUUCCCUGCCACUGAGAAGUGAGCCACAAGCAGGGCCCCUGGGCACAGGCCCCACUGUCAUGAAACGGUUCCUGCUGGUGGUUAUCCUGGUAGCUGUUCUUAUGUAUGCCGUGCUUCACACAAAUGUGUGGAAGACAAAUGACUACUGGCUCUCAUAUAGGACAAUGGAAAGAAAAAAUGUACUAACCACUUGUUUGCGGAAGCCAGCCUUUGCAUCACUAUUGAAUGCUAAUAAAAUAUAUCCAUUCCUGUGCUCUAAUGACUUCUUAAAAGUGGCAGCAUUCCAUGGAAGUGAUAAAUUUGAAUUACCGUAUGGUAUAAAGAGAGCAGAGAAUAAUUUUCACCUAGCCCUUUCAAGACUGGAAAGCUGUGAUCUCUUCCAUAAAGAUGAUGGUGAGCCCUGUAAAAAGUGCAUUGUUGUUGGUAAUGGAGGAGUGCUUCGAAACAAGACACUAGGGGAAAAGAUUAACUCCUAUCAUGUAGUAAUAAGAAUGAAUAAUGGUCCCAUAAUAGGGUAUGAAGACGAUGUUGGGAGGAAGACAGAUUUCCGACUUUUUUAUCCAGAAUCGGUUUUUUCAGACCCAAUUCACUAUGAUCCUAAUACUACUGUUGUUCUUGUCGUUUUCAAACCACAUGAUUUAAAGUGGCUCUGGAGCUUACUGGGCGGUCAGAAAGUAAAUGCUAAAAGUUUUUGGAAAGAACCAGCCUUGAACAUGAUAUAUAAGACUAACCAAAUCAGGAUACUUGAUCCUAGUAUUAUCAGAAAAACUGCACAUGAAUGGCUUCAUUUCCCUACAAGAUAUUUCAAAAAGGAAAAACCCAAGCAUCCUACAACGGGACUAAUUGCCAUUUCUUUGGCAUUUCACAUUUGCCAUGAAGUUCACCUGGCAGGAUUUAAGUAUGACUUCACUGAUAGAAACAGUUCUUUGCACUAUUAUGGCAAUGAGACUAUGUCUCUAAUGAUUGAGAAUGAAUACCACAACAUCAGUGCUGAGCAAAGGUUUUUGAAAAUGCUCAGAGACAAGAACUUUGUGGUCAACCUGACAUAAAGAGAACUGAAGAGCAAUCACUAUGUUCAGCAAGAAAUAAUUUUAUUUUUUGUACUGUAUUUUUAUUUUUUAAGCGCUGUGUCUGUUUAUUGAGAUAUUUAAAAGAAACACAGAAGCCUCAAAGGUGACAGUGGCAGACAGCCCCUAACCAAGACUGAGGACAGUAACUCUUCUCUCUCAUGGCAUACAACCAGACUGAACUGAUUUCUGUGAAUUUAUUUAAUUAUGAAAAAAACUGCAACCUUCAGCUAAAAAUAUCAGGGAUAUAUAAGAAUAUAAUGCACAACCUUUAUUUAACAAUAAGAAUUCUUUUUUCAAAUAAUUUCUCUUUACUAUCUUCCUUUCCUACAUCAUCACCCUCAAGAAUUAUAUAUGAUGUCCACAGAGCUGCAAGAUCCUGAGGUAAUCAGUAAAGGGAUACCAAGUCUUUGAUUUCUCGAUUUUGGGUCUGAAAAUGAUUUAGAAUGGCAGCACUUGAUAAUUGUUACUGCAAAGGAUAAAUAUGAUAGUAUGUGAAGGUCAGCUGUUCGCGUAUUAGAAAAUGCCAUGAUUAUUCACAGAAGUCGACACUUUGUUUUUAAGGCUAGCUCAACAGCUCAUAAACUGGACAGCAUUCAUUGAAUGUAUUCUGUAUACACCUAGGUUGAAGACUGCAUUGGCCAGAGAGUGUAAAAGUCACACUGAUGCUGCUUAUGCUGUAUCUAAUGUGCAAAGCACUGGGGUUGAUAGUUCCCAGUACUUUCCAUCACUGGCGAUGUACAAGUGG